AUGUCUCUUUUACCACAAGAAACUAAGCUGGCCCUUACUGCUAUGCUCAAUAACCUCAUGUCUCCGGACAACGAGGUCAGAUCACAAGCCGAGGUUCUUCUCAACGAACACUGGAUAGCUGGAGGCGAAAACCAACUUUCUCAACUUCUCGUUGGUCUUGCUGAAGCUUCUCUUUCUGAUGAUAACGGAACUAUUCGAGCCUUUUCUGCAGUCAUUUUCAGACGUGUUGCCAGCAAACAACCUGAAAACACAACCGACGUUACCCUUAGAACCAUUGACGUUAUCCCUGCAGAGGUUAAUACAAAACUAAAGUCUCUUCUUCUCGAAGGCCUGAUAAAUUCCCAGCAAACUCCAGAGGUCAGACACAAAAUUGCAGAUGCCGUGGCAGGUUUGGCAAAACCAGGCUCUUCUUCAAACUUUUCUACCUCUGCCACUUGGCCCCAACUUAUCCCUGCCCUGAUCCACGGCACAAAUCAGUCUGACAAUACCAUCCGUGAGUGCUGCUUCCGUAUCUUUGCCUCUGUCCCGGAAGUCAUUGAUAACUCUAUUGCAAGUCAAAUUGCUCCCAUCUUUGAACAAGCUCUUGCUGAUCCCUCAGAUGAGGUCAAAAUUGCUGCUCUCCGCGCCUUCACCGCUUACUUUCGCCAACUUUCCAAGAACCAAUGGCCUUCUCUCCACCAUCUUUUGCCUUCCAUCCUCAAUCUUCUUUCGCAUUUCCAGGAUGGUUCCAAGGAACAUGAGCUCGCUGCCACUUUUGAGUCCAUCAUAGAGCUUGCUGAGCUUGCCCCGAAAAUGUUCAAACCUACACUUCAAACCAUUCUUGAAUUUUGCAUCUCCAUUGCUAAAAAUAAAGAGAUUGAUACCAAUGCUCGUCUUUCCGCUCUUGAGCUGCUCUCAACUCUUGCCGAUGAGGCACCCAAUAUGUGCAGAAACGAACCUAACUUUGCCCCAAAAGUUGUCCAACUUUGUCUUGAACUCAUGACAGAGGUUGGCGAAGAUGAUGAUGACCAAGCCAGCGAGUGGAUUGAAGAGAAUGACAUCAACCAAAGUGAAAACAAUGACGAGGUUUACUCUGCUGCCAAACACAGCUUGGAUCGUCUUGCUCUUAAACUUGGCGGUGAAGUUAUCCUCCCAAGCUUUUCUCUCUGGGUCCCACAACUCCUUGAAUCUUCCAACUGGAAGGACCGUCACGCUGCCCUCAUGGCCUUUUCUAACGUUGCCGAAGGUUGCGCCGAAAUCAUGAUUACUCAAAUCUCCCGUAUUCUCGACAUGGUCUUGCCCCUAAUUGAUGACCCACACCCCCGUGUCCAAUGGGCAGCUGUUAAUGCUUUGGGCCAAAUGUCAACCGAUUUUGCUGACGACAUGCAGCUCAACUAUGCCGAUAGAGUCGUCCCGGCCCUUAUUUCCAAAAUGGGUCCUAACUCGGUCUCCAGAGUCCAGGUCCACGCCGCCGCAGCUAUGGUUAACUUUGCUGAAAAUGCCACCAAGGAGAUUCUCGAACAUUACCUUGACUCGCUUCUUUCAAACCUCCUUACUCUGCUCCAAAGCCCUAAGACAUAUGUCAUUGAGCAAGUCAUCACCACUAUUUCUAUUGUUGCCGAUGCUGCCCAAACCAAGUUUAUGAAGUACUACGACACUCUCAUGCCCAUGCUCUUCCAAUUUAUGAAGUCUGACACCGACGCCGAGCUUCGUACCUUAAAGGCUAAGUCUAUUGAGUGCUCUACCUUGAUUGUCGUGGCAGUUGGCAAGGAAAAGGCCCACCCUCAGUUUCAAGAAAUGGUCCAAAUCUUUGCCGCAAUUCAAAGCUCGUGCGUUGACGACGAUGAUCCUUGUCUCUCAUACCUUGGUCAAGCAUGGGGCCGUCUCUGCCAGGUCUUUGGCAAGGAGUUUUUGCCCUAUCUCGGUGGAGUCAUGCCUCCUCUUCUUGCAACUGCAAAGGCACGUGCUGAUCUCCAGCUCAUUGAAGAUGAAAAGGAAAUGGAACAACUCGAGCAUACUGAGGGUUGGGAGAUUUUACCUCUCCAGGGAAAGUUCAUUGGUCUUCACACUGCUGUGCUUGAUGAAAAGGCUCAGGCCAUUGACAUUAUUAAUAUUUACGCUGGAGUUCUUGGAGAAGAUUUUUACUCCUAUGUUCCUGAAAUUGUCAAGGAUAUUGUUCUCCCUGGCCUUCACUUCUUUUAUAAUGACAGUGUUCGAUACUCCACUCUCUUUGUCAUUCCAAGUUUGCUUCUCAGCGCCCAAAAGGCUGUUAUGAGCGGAAAGAAUGUUUCGCUUGACGUUGCCAAGCGUGAUGCAUCUGUUUAUGAAAUUUGGCACCCCAUUUUUGAAAAGCUUGUUGACCUUCUCUCCGUUGAACCUUUGAUGGAGGUUCUUGUUGCAGCUUAUACUUGCCUUCAUAUUAUCAUUGACAAGAUGUACCCUGGCAUUUUGACUGAAAAGCAACUGGAAAUGCUUGGAUCCAAGAUUCGCGAUACCAUGACUAAGUACAGCGAGCGUGCCGUUUUACGUCAGGAGGAGGAUAACAUUUACACUGAAGACAUUGACGAGGAUGAUUCCGAGGAAGUCGAUAAUGAAUUGAUUGGUGAAGUCAAUAAGGCUCUCCACUCCAUCUUUAAGUCCUCUGGCGUUGCAUUCCUGCCGGUUUUCCAAACAGAAAUUGCCCCCCUGGUUCAAACCUUUUUGGGUGGCACUCUUGACCAGCGUGAUUGGGCCCUGAAUGCCGUUGACGAUCUUAUAGAGUUUACCGGUCCUGCCUCAUGGGCACUCAAGGACCUUUUUGUCAACCACUUUGCCGAUGCACUUGUCAAUGGCUCUUCAUCAAUCCGCCUGGCGGCUGCUUACGGUAUUGGUGUUGCUGCACAAUUCGGUGGUGACUCGUAUGCAGAUAUGUGUCUGCAAAACUUACAGAGCUUGUUUGACAUUGCAAAUGCUCCGGACGCUCGAUCUGAAGAAAAUGUUGAGGCUGCUGAGAAUGCAUGUGCUUCAAUUGCCAAAAUUCUUCGCAAGUACGGUGGCUCGCGGAUUACUGGUGCUGAUUUGAAUCAGGCCCUUGUUGAAUGGGUUAAGACAUUGCCUGUUUACAAUGACGAGGAGGCUGCUCCUUUUGCUUACAUGUUUCUGUGCGACUUGGUCGAGCAGGGCCACGACUCUGUGAUGGGCCAGAUCCCCAAAGUGCUUGAGAGCGUGGGGUUGGCUCUGCAACACGAUGCAAUUGCCAGUCGCACUCGCCAACGUGUGAUUGAUGUAUUCAAGACGUUUAUGGCUAAGCUUCCGCAGGACCAGCUGAUUUCACUUGUCCAAGCGUUCCCCCAGGAUACGCAGAAGGCUUUACAUGAGGCGUUCCAGUGA